AUGAGUUGUGAAGAGGAUCAAGAGGAGGAGAGGGAAGUUUUACGUGCUAUUUAUGAAUCGGACAAAAAUUUCAUCGAAAUUAACCCUACGACGUUUCAAUACAAGUUUGGUGAAGAAGGACACUACAAGUCGUUCCUAUUGGAAAUUUCUUGGCCUGCAGAUUACCCCACGUGUCUUCCGAACAUCGGAUUAGAUGCGUUUUAUAAUCGGCACAUCAGCAGUACAGUGAAGGAGAGUGUAACCGACCGGAUCAAAGAACAAUGCGAAAUGUGUCUAGGUUCUGCUAUGACUUUUUCGAUAUUUGAUUGGACAAAAGAGCACGAGGAGGAGCUGAUGACAAAGCAACAUGAGCCGGUAUGUGGGGCUCUGCAGGGGAGAGGCUCAACCAUAAAAAGUCAUAAAACGGUUUUGCACGUCGUCUGCUUGUUAUAUGGGGGUGGGGGAGGGUGAAACACUGAGUAGGUAUUUUGGAUGGAAAAUGGACUUAAUGAACUUGGGAGCAACUAACAGUCAUGUGUUAUGGGUAAUAGGUCGUGGGUCAUGGGUACAAAGUCAUGGGUCAAGGGUACCAGGUCGUGGGUAGUGUAGAUCCACGAAAACGUAAAGGGUAAAAUGGAGAAGAAGUCCCUCGGGGUAUAGCCUGAGAAAACAGCCGACAUUUCAUGACGUCACCACUGGUUUCCCGCGAAAUGACGUCUGAUAAAUGUGCGCAGAAAUUUCCAUACUGAUGAUGCGUCACUACCCAGAUCUGGGUAGUACAUCUGAUUGGUCUUGCAGCAUGGGAAAUUUGAUUCAACCAAUCAGAAGAACUACCCAUAUCUGGUUAGUGGCGUGUUAUUAGUCACAGCCAAUCAAUUCCGAAUUACACUCCAAAGGGAAAAGUAAAUACUGUACCCUCUAGAACACUUGACUGUUGAUAAAGUGGGUUGUGGAAAACUAAAAGCAGAGAAAUCUUGUCUCACACAGAAAGCCAUGUUUUUGCAAGCAAAGAGUAUGAAUGCAAGUGAAGGUAAAAAAUUCUUGUGAAUUGAAGCGAUACAUUUCUCAGAAUAUUUGAAGCAAUUCCUGGAACUCUACAGUAAAUAAAUUUGGUGUUUUGGCUAAAUUUCUCUUCAGCCAGGCUUUGUUGUAUUUAUUUAGGCUUAAUAUUGUCAAAUUGCUUUAGCUAAAGGGUUUUUCUGAAACAUGUGACAAGGUUUGUUCUCCCCUUGGUAGUAAAACGUUUUAUACACGAUAGAAGCAUAGAUGUAAAAAUGAUAAUUUUUUUUGAUACAUUCGUGAAGUGUAAUGAACCAGUUUAAUAUUGAACUUGAUUGGAAAUUCACUCAUUCACUCACUCCAUGGCAUGCGUGCUCUAAACCUUAUUGUGGACAAGUUUCAGUAAUAAUAUGCUGAUUUAAUCUUAAGGACUUUUAUAAAAUAAAUUUGAUAUACUUUGAUAUACUUUUUUUCACCUACCUGUCAUCAGCCUUCUCACUUCAAUUCACUAGUCAAUCGCCCCCACCCCCUAUCCCAGGUUUUACAAAUUCCCCAGUGAAUCAACCAAUAUGGUGUAUGGAUUUUGAAACUGAAAUCUGUGACGUACAGGAAUUCCUGUCUCCAAAAUCUGUCUUUGGAUUUUAAACUUACUUGCAUUCUUAAACUUAAAGCUGUAAUAGUAGCCAGCACUUUUCCUUACAAUAUCACUACUUAACUAAUCACAAAAGUAAUGAAAAACACCAAAAAUAAGGUGGAAAGGUUGGCUUGUGGCAAUCAUGCUCUGACAAAGUGUAUAAGAGCAGGCUUAUUGCUAUGUGUUGCAUGGGUGGUCAAAGCCACCUCAGUCUGUUCAGAAAAUUCAGGCUGAGAUUUCAAUGUAAUGGUUGAAAUCCUACACUCAUUUGUAAUAUAGAGUAGCCUGCGAACAGCAGACGCAUUUCUGGUCAUCGCUUCUCUGCCUCUCUGCCUACGGAGGGAGAGAAGCGACGAGCGGAAAUGCGUCUGCUGUUCACAGGCUAAAUAUAGAGAUGAGUAGGGUGCAACAAAAGUGCAGUGCAAUAGCCUGGGGCUAGUGGAGCAACCAUUCAAGCUACAUUGUAGCAUGUUUUAAUAUUAGAAGUUUUCCAAUGGGCAAGCAACAUAUUUUGCCAAGAUGAUUUACAUGGUAAUGAAAAAGGGAGUUGGUAAGCCUGCACAACUACUCUGGGCUAGUGAACAUUGGUAAGAGUUUGCCCUUGGGCAAGUGAGUUUUUAAAUUUCAUCUCACCUUGAUGAGCUUAAUCAACAUCCUCUUCUCACAUAGGUCACAGUGAAAAUAAUAAUGCUUUUGAAUACUCUCUUUUACACAGGAUCAGGCAGUCAAAGAAGAGCAAACCCCUGAGCAGGAAAGAGAGAUGCAGCCAGCCAAGAAGAAAGAGAAAAAAGAAAUUUUAACAAAAAGCCAAAAGCGAAGAAUUGCUGAUAGAACAAACUACAAAGGGGAAAGAGAAAGGGGGUGGAACUGGGUAGAUGUUGUAAAACAUUUAAGUAAAACAGGUAAAACAGAUUAG